GAUUCUUGACUCAGUACAUCGAUGCAGAGUAGUCACCAAGCCCAUUAACAUGCUUUCCGACUCCGAUACCGAGGAUAUUCAAACACUCACCAUCAAUGAACACUACGCAAAAGCGUUCGAAUACAAGAAAGAGCGCGAGGAGCUCGCAAAAUUAAAAGAAAAAUAUGGGUCUGACUUUGAAGAGGAUGAGGACGAGGAGACAGACUCUGAGGACGCAGAAUCCGAAGAUGAGGAUGGGGAGGAGCUCACGCCUGCAGUGGAUGCUGCAAUUUUGAGGACGCUGGCAAGGAUCAAGAAGAAGGAUCCGGCCAUCUACAACACGGAGAAUAUUAUUUUCGAAGAGGAGCAGGAGCGCACCGCCGUUCGUGCUCCCCAGGUGCAAACGCGAAAAAUUAAGGAUAAAUCAAAACCUCUUACUUUCCGCCAAGCAACUCUCGCAUCCGCUCUCGAAGCCAACAUAUCCCGUUCGCCCACUCCAGAACCACACAUACCCACACACACCGAGGAGCAGCGUCGGUUGCGUGAUGAAACUCGUGACGCAUUCCAUACUGCCGUCAAUGAGAGUGAUGAUGACGGAUUGCUUAUUCCGCGAGAGAAGACAAAGGACGAGCUUGAGCAUGAAGAGGAGGAAUACAGAGAAUACCUGAAACAUGCAGUUGGCGAGGAUCUUGAAGGUCUCAUAGAGAUCGACAAUUCGGGGAUAGGUGCAGGAACUGAGAACAGUGAAGAAGGCGCCGGUGAAAAAAAGAAGAGAAAGACGAAGAUAAAAGGUAACGAGGCGAAGGGGAUAUCCAAGCAAGAGGCCGAUCAGGAGUUCCUCAUGAACUAUAUCCUCAACCGCGGAUGGGUCGACAAAUCAGCACGACGACUACCCACAUACAAGGAAAUCGUCAAACCCAAAUCGACAAAGCGCAAGGCUAAAGAUUCUGUGGCCGAAUCUGAAUUUGAGGUUUCAGAUGAAGAACAGUUGGAUGCCGUGCACGGAGGACAGCGUGCAUCUGAGCACGCCAUAGAAGACGACGACGAAUUCGAGGAGAUCGCCGACGCUUUCGAGACUUCAUAUAACUUCCGUUUCGAAGAACCCGACGCAGCUACUAUCAAGACCUUUCCACGAAAUAUCACCUCCACAGUACGCCGGGCUGACACAACUCGCAAAGAGGGUCGUGAGCGAAAGAAGCAGCGCCAGGAAGAAGAACUCGAGAAGAAGCACGAGGAGGUAAAGAGGUUGAAAGCUCUUAAAAUGAAGGAAGUCCGUCGAAAACUCGAGCGCAUUGGGCGUGAAGGUGGCGUCGAUAUUGAUCCCGAUGCUGAAGCCUUCAAGGAGUUCGACCUCGAUGCAGACUGGGAUCCCGAAGCACAUGACAAGCAGAUGGCGGGGCUCUACCGUGAUGGCCACGACUCUGAUGGUGAAGAAGAAAAGCCCGUCUGGGACGACGAUGUCGAUAUUGAGGAUAUCAUCCCACCUUCUCAGCCCACCGAAUCUUCAUUUUUAAAUAAGAAGAAAAAGAAGAAAAAGAAAAAGAAAACCGAGGACAACGACGAAGGAGUGGAUAUUAAUGCUAUGGAUGCAGACGUCGUGCGCGCAUACGAUGAUGAAGAGGAGUGGGACGGCACUGAGGAGAUGAGGAAGCGCAAACUUGAUGAAUAUAUGGAUGAAGUCUACGGACUCGAGUUUAACGACAUGGUGGCGGGAAUGCCUACGCGUUUCAAAUACACUACGACCGCACCGCAGACGUUCUCGCUCACCCCUGUGGAGCUCCUCAUGGCCACAGAUAAGGAACUCAAUCAGUACAUGAGUGUGAAGCGAUAUGCACCGUACCGCGUGGAGAAGUGGGACCAUAACCGUGGAGAUCGCCUCAAAGAGUUCAGGGAGAAAUUGAAGGACCGUGUGGGGGGCAUUGGGACGAGCCAUAGGAGCGAGGAUCCGGCGCCGAAAAAACGGCUGGGGAAGAAGGAGCGACAGAAAAUGAAAGCAGCUGGUGGUGGCGAUGAGGGGGCAGUGGGAGUUGAGGGAGUAGGAGACUCGGCUUCUACUAAGAAACAGAAGAAGGUAUUGGAGGAACGUGAAGAUGAUGUCGAAAAACUGGAGGAGAAUGAGCCACCCAAAAAGAAGAGGAGGAGAAAGCACAAAACGUUAGUUCAGGCUGAAUGACAGAUAUCUACACCGAAGUAUGCAUGUAUGCGUCCUUCAUGUCUGUCGAUCACAACCUAGGUUUUAAACUUUUAAGUGCCAUUGCGUAAAAUUGCUGGCCGCACGAGCCAAAGGAGCAUAAGUCAAAAGAGUC